GCUGCGUCACGUGGCACCAAGCCUCAGUCGGAGCGGGAGAUCGCCGAGGCGGGCGGCGUCAUGGUGCUACUACAUGUGUUGUUCGAGCAUGCCGCCGGCUACGCUCUGCUGGUGGUGAAGGAAGUGGAGGAGAUCGGCCUGCUGAUGCCUCAGGUGGAGGAGAGCAUUGUGUCCAUUGGGAAGUUCAACAACAUAGUUAAGCUGGUGGCUUUCUCGCCGUUUAAAUCUGCGCAGAGUGCCCUGGAGAACAUCAAUGCUGUUUCUGAAGGUAUCGUUCAUGAGGACUUGAGGCUGCUGUUGGAGACCAACAUGCCGGCAUCCAGCAAGAAAAGGAAGGUGAUGCUUGGUGUGGGCGAUCAGAAGCUGGGAGCAGCCAUCCAGGAAGAGCUUGGCAUCCAGUGCCAGGCAGGAGGGGUGGUGGCCGAGAUACUUCGUGGUGUCCGCCUGCAUUUCCAUUCCUUGAUCCAGGGCCUGACUGCACUCUCCGCUGCCAAGGCCCAGCUGGGCUUGGGUCACAGCUACUCGCGUGCCAAGGUCAAGUUCAACGUCAAUCGGGUUGAUAAUAUGAUCAUUCAGUCCAUCAGCCUGUUGGACCAGCUGGAUAAGGACAUCAACACUUUUUCCAUGAGGGUCAGAGAGUGGUAUGGCUACCAUUUCCCAGAGCUCAUCAAGAUUGUAGGUGAAAACUACACAUACUGCCGGCUGGCAAAGCUGAUCGGAAACAGGAAGGAGCUUACAGAGGAGAGUCUGCCAGCACUGGAGGAGAUUGUGAUGGAUAGUGCCAAAGCCCAGGCCAUCCUGGAUGCAUCGCGCAGCUCCAUGGGGAUGGAUAUUUCUCCCAUUGAUCUUAUUAACAUCGAGAGCUUCUCGAACAGAGUGGUGUCUCUUGCGGAAUACAGGAAAACUCUCCAGGAGUACCUGCGUUCCAAGAUGAACCAGGUGGCACCAAACCUGGCCACGCUCAUUGGAGAGGUGGUUGGAGCUCGUCUGAUCUCGCACGCAGGCAGCCUGACUAAUCUGGCCAAAUACCCGGCCUCUACGGUGCAGAUCCUGGGAGCAGAGAAAGCUCUGUUCAGGGCCCUGAAGACGAGGAGCAACACUCCCAAGUAUGGUUUGAUCUUCCACUCCACUUUCAUCGGCAGAGCAGCUGCUAAAAACAAGGGCCGCAUCUCGCGUUACCUGGCUAACAAAUGCACAAUUGCUUCCAGGAUUGACUGCUUUUCAGAAAUCCCCACGAACGUGUUCGGAGACAAGCUGCGAGACCAGGUUGAAGAGCGGCUGGCGUUCUACGAGACGGGAGAGGCUCCUCGUAAGAAUGUCGACGUCAUGAAGGAAGCUGCUGCUGAGGCGGCGGAGGUGACAGCACAAUUGAAACGUAAAAUGGAGAAGAAAGAGAAGAGGAGGAGGAAGAGGGAGAAACAAGCGCUGGAAGCUGCAGCAGCGGAGACGGAGUUGGCUGACGAGGACCAGGAGCCGCCUGAGAAGAGGGUUAAAAUACAGAAUGAGGUUGGAGACACCGAGCUGGUGAAGAAGAAGAAAAAGAAAAAGAAGAUGAUGCAGGUUGAGGAAGAACCACCGGUGGACAGUGUGGCAAAUGGGGUGCAGGAGACUCCAGCCAAGAAAAAGAAGCAUCGUCAGCUACUCGAGUCGGAGACACCAGAGGUUCCUGUACUGGACAGUAAAAAGAAAAAGAAGAAGAAACACAAAGGUGGAGAGGAAGCCUCUCCCCUGUGACCUUUGGCUGUUGGAACCAGCUGACCUGUGAAGUUGUCCCAGUGGGUUUGGUCUUUGUAGACCUGGUCCUCUUGGUGAGGAAGACCCACUGCUUGAGGCUUUUAUAGGAUUGGUUAGCCUCUUGCUUCACCAGUGUCUGGCAGCUCCACUGCUGUCUCAACUCAGAUUGGUGCAGUCAUGUAUUUGGCCUCUGGAGAGACUCGUGUCUGCCUUGUAAAUAUGUAAGGACAAUAAAAGUCCAAACUGUUUCAGACUGAGUUCACUGGUGUAAGUUGUACACAGCCACAGGGUACUGGGGUAGCUCAGGGCAGCAGCUUAGCCACUGAAGGCUGACAGUGGAAUAUUCCAUUGGAGGGAAGCCCUGUUACAAGUGCUGUGAUAACUGGGAAUGAAUGGUAAUUGCUAUUACUCCUUCCACUGGGAAGCUUGUGCCCUUCAGUUUGUUACACCUAUUGAGAUCAUUCAGCCCUCAGCCUGUGACUGGAAUAAAUAUUAAUAUUGGUUGCAUCCCCUCAGUGCCAGUCUUUGCAAGUGGGUGUCUGGAACUGCAAUACACCUGGAGUGUUUAGAACAAGGCUUUAAUAGUUUAGUUUACCUGUGAUUUUAAUUGUGCUGCUCCAGACAACCAGUUCUGUCAUGUAGACCAGUGCGGCACAUAAACAGGUCUUUUUGGCCAGAGUUAUGCUAAACUAAUUAAACUUGGGUUCACCUGAAGCCUACACCAAGGCUGCUCACAAGAAGAGGAUGAGUGCAGUAGGAUACUGGAGAUCUUUUACCAGUGCUUUACAGCUUUACCUGGGGUGUGGGGGGAGGCUGGUGAUGCCAAAAGACAACUCUUCAAAAAGGCUGGAUCAGUCCUUGGCUAAAACCCAAACAAGAUGCUGGAAAUCUGAGCAAUGCAUACAAAAUGCUGGAGAGGAACUCGGUGGGCUAGGCAGCAGGCAUGGAAAGCUGUAUUCCUUGGCUAAAACCUGGACUCUUGCGCUAGUGGUGGAGAGGUCAUGAAACAAAAAAAAAUCGGGCAGAAAAUCUUUCCUACCAAGCAAUUCAUCUCUGACAGAACACACUUAAUGGUAUCUAUCAUACAUUAUUGCACAUUGGUAAAUUGUGUAUAUUCUGUACUUUAUUGAUGGUUAAUAUAUUUGUUUUUAAAUGCUGUAAAAUAAUUUUCCACUCAGGAUCAUCAAGUACUCAGUGUUAAUAAAUAUAUCUAUAACCCAUUCAUCUA